AUGGAGGCCGAAGCUAGAUACCGCUCUCGCAUAUUGAGAGAGAUGGAAGCUAACCGCAACAACCCCUUCAACUCUCCCCCCUCCUCCACCGGCUCACAUGGCACUGUUAGCCCAACAAUGUCUUCCGUUUUCUCAGACCCUGACGGCGAGUCCACGCGGCGGCUGAAUGAGGAUAUUGCCCGUGUCACAGCUCCUAGGAAAUUGCCAGUCAAUUGGGAAGCCGCUCACCGCAAGUGGCCUGAGUUUUAUAGCAUGCCCAAAAGUCGCGACCUGCCAAUCCUCGACGACGACACAGACACGAGACCACUAAGCCCCGAAUUGAAAGAGAACAAGCCACCCGUCCGAAGUGCUAGAUUCAUUGUGGACGACACCACACAAGACAUUUGGAACGGUUCAGCAAGAACGCGUUCCGAGAUGCAGCCUCGCGCGGACACCGAGUCCGACCUCUCAUCACUCAUCUCCAAGUCACCCGCCCGAGUCCUGUCCGUGCCCAAUGGAACAAAGAAUGCGCGUCAACCCAGCCCACUUUCCAAGACGUACACCCGGUCCAUCUCAGAGUCUCACCACCAGCAACGGCGCACGUCGCUGACAGAAGCGCUGGAGCAGCUGAGAGCCAAUUCCGCAAGCCCUCGCAAUCGCGAACAACGCAAAACCAGCUCCUCCCCACAAAUGUCUUCUGCAAAAUCUAGCCUGACAGCUGUGGCUCCCUCACCUGCAGCCUUCGAUAGCCCUGGGCAAGACAUGUCCCAUGUGCGCUCAUUCUUCAUGCCUGACGUCUCGCAUCUUGGUGACUUUGUCACUGGUACACUGCGGUUUAGUGGUUCAAUGAAGAACGGUGUACCUAUCUUUGUCAAACAUGGCAAUGUGCACGAUCGUCAAGAAAAGCCCCAUUUGACCAACCACGCGGAUGUGGAUGGGCUGGAGGUGCCAGAAGACGAAGAGAAGAUCUUUGUAUCCAUGGAUAUGAUCCGUGAGGAGAUCAUCUCUUUGCAGGAUCACUAUGAGAAGGUACAGGAGUAUGCUUCCAACCUGCAGAGCCAGGUAGAAGCUCUUGAGGCCCAGCUCAAGGCCCGGCCAACGGUUGAGAGGCGAUCAAGCUCAGAACGUCCAAAUGAGCAGCUUUUGAGGCAAAAAGAGAGCUUGGAAAUUGAAAUCACAACUCUCCAAUCUCGUCUGGAGCAGGCCUCGCGAAAAAUCAGCCUGACUGAGAUAGAGAAGGACUCUCUAAUCCAGGAGAAGGACCGGACAGUCCGGAAGCUUCAAGAAGCUUGCGACGACAUUAACAAGCUGACACGUAAACUCAGUGUCAGGGAGAGGGAAUUGGAAAAUUCUCAGAGGAUCAUUGAAUCGACGGAGCAACACCGCCUGGAAACUGAUACCUUGAAGCGAGACCUACUCUCACUUAAGCAUGGUCGGGAUGCAUUAGAGCUUGAGAACACCUCUCUGCGCACUGAUAAUGAUGCUCUUCACCAGGAGAAGAGAGAAUUGGAGGAGGAAAUCGAGGCCAUCCGCUCGGAAAAUGAGAGUCUGCGUCGCAAGAACGAGGCCCUGCUCUCCGAAGCCAAGUCUCUCCGCUCUAAUAACCAAAAUCUUGCGACUGAGGAUGAGGAUCUUCGUGACAACCUCGAUGGAGUGCAGCACGAGCUUGAUGCUGCGAUUGAGCAAGUUCAGAGCCUCCAGCAGAAAGUAGAGGAGAUGAGCCAAGAGAGGACGACCCUUCGUGAAGACAACAACAGUCUUGUUCGACACAACGAAAAAUACUUCGAGGAGAAUAAGAUUCUGCGACGGGAAAACUCAGGCUUCGAGCAGAGUAUUCAUGCUUUGCGAGAUGAGAAUCUAAAACUGAAGGAAGACGUUGAUUUUAUGAAGCAACAGAUGGACCACUGCCGCCCGAUUCCUAAGGAGGAUCUGCUGGCCCAACUGGACGAUGAGACUGGAGAGAAUAUGACAUCAGCCUUCUUCAUCCCCGAUAUCACAAUGAAUUCCAAUGAUUCAGAGGCACUAGCUGAGAUUACCGACGCCAAGGGGGGCCCUGUUUUGCCAGAGCUUACCACCCAAAACACCCGACUGUCGACCAUCCCUGAUCUCACGGAGGAGCCAACAAACCACUCCGAAGUCAACGAGGAAAAGAAAGACACUCAUCGCAGAUCCAGCAGCACAUCCAGGUCUCAAAAACAGGUUGCGACCAGCUCUAAAGUUGCAUUUGCAAUCCCCGAUGCAUCUGUCCAAAGUGUCAAGAGCAAAUCAAACGCCAAGUCAAAUGUUGCCAACCAGGGCAGCAAACGACGAAGCAGCAAGUCGAGCCACGCAAGCAUCAUGCAGAAGUCGCCAUUCCGUGGAACCGAGCCCUUGUCCGAUAUCGAUGAUACCACAGGUGCUGUGUCAAUGGAUGAGAUGACCCAGGAGCAGUCUGUUGAUGAGGAGAGAUCUCACAAACAAUCCCACACAGAAGAGCGCUCCCGCCAAAUACAAACAUUGGAAAGUCACAGCCAAGAGACUCUAAGAACCCGCCGAAGAUCAAGUCAUUCGCAAAAUCAUAGCCAGAAAAUCGCCUUGGAGGUUGUGAGUGAGGACCACAGAACAGCUGAAAGUUGCCGAACGCUCUCGCAGGAUGCUCGGCGUGUGUUGGAUGGUCUUUGCGAGCACAGCUGCACUAACUGUACAGUGUGUGCUCGUAUUGCCUCCCACAACGUUGUCGUGUCGUCGAAGGAACUUGCGAGCGGAAAGAAGCGAGUUACUGUCUCGCGCCCGGUCCCCGUGUCUGAUCGCAACUUGACCGGGGAUCAUACCCUUCGGCCUGCCCAGGCUCCUGGUCACGCCUUAGCUAUGGUUAUCAAGGGGCUGGAAGAUGAAUCCCAUCAUCUUCAACUGGAGCUUACACGUCUCCAGGCCAAAUACAACGGCACUGACAAGGCUUUGGGUCGUCGCGACAGGCUCCGUAUGGCCGAGGGCAUCCGCACUCUCCUGAAGCAAGUCGAGGCCAAGAAUGACCAGAUUUAUAGCUUGUACGACGUCCUGGAGGGACAAAAGGCUGCGGGGCAGGCCAUGAGCGACGAGGAGCUCGAGAUGACAGUCCUCAACAUUACUGGCAUGACGGUUCGGGAUGUCACCAGUGGCAGUGAGCAUCUGACCUGGGAGGGUAUUGAGGAUUUAUGA